UUAGAAGGCGUCGGUAGCAAAGCCACGGAUUUACGGAAAAAUAAUCUGUAUUUGAAAGAAACCCACGCGCAGUGCAAGUGCAAAAUGGAUAUUCGUCCCAGUCAUACCAUCUACAUCAACAAUCUGAACGAAAAAAUCAAGAAGGAGGAGUUGAAAAAGUCUCUGUAUGCCAUCUUCUCGCAGUUCGGGCAGAUACUGGAUAUUGUGGCGUACAAAACACUGAAAAUGCGCGGCCAAGCGUUCAUCAUAUUUAAAGAGAUUGCUAGUGCAACGAACGCGAUGCGGACGAUGCAAGGCUUCCCGUUCUACGACAAACCGAUGCGCAUCAACUAUUCCAAAACCGAUAGCGACGUGAUCGCUAAACUAAAGGGCACAUUCCAGGAGCGCCCUAAACGGGUAAAGCAACCGAAACCGGUCCAGGCAGAGGAGAAGAAAUCGAAGAAGCAAAAGAGCGCCGGCGACGUUGGGGCUACGAACAACUCGGCCACGGCUGAGCAGCCACCAAACCAGAUCCUUUUCCUGACCAACCUUCCGGAAGAAACGAACGAAAUGAUGCUGUCGAUGUUGUUCAAUCAAUUCCCCGGUUUCAAGGAGGUGCGGCUGGUACCGAAUCGGCACGAUAUUGCCUUCGUCGAAUUUGCCACCGAGCUGCAAAGUGGUGCUGCCCGGGAAGCACUCCAAGGGUUCAAGAUUACCCCAACACACGCGAUGAAGAUAUCGUUUGCGAAAAAGUAGGCACGGUCUCAGCUCAAGCAGUAUCCGUUUCCAGGAUAUGUUCGAUUGUAAGGAAAGAUCAACGAACCAGUGGAUCAUCGGACGAAGAUGCAGCCACAGGUAAAUUUGUCGUGUACAAACUAAAUCGAGCUGAAACAAUAAACCAUGCGAUAAGCAUUGCACUUCCGCUAUCAUGGUAUUGUCGGUUUGGUGAUUGCUUAGUAAGUAAAAAAGCGACCUGUGUAAAGAUGUUUUAUUUCGUACCAACUGGUUAAUCUUGUGACUGUAG